AUGGCCCUCCGUCUCUCUGCCCUCCCGCUAGGCCUCAGACACGCUGUCUUUGCCUCCGCCCGCCCGCCCGGUUUCUCCCAUUGGCAUACUGCCUCCUCGCUUUCUCGUCUCGCUCUCCGCACACGGCCCGCGACGCGGCCAUUCUCGACUCAAUUCUUUACACGCGCUCCAGGCCCCAUUCCCUUUCUCGGCAGAAAACUCCUCUGGCUUGUUCCCGUCGUUGGCGGUCUUGCGUUCUACGCUUCGCCCGGCGCUCCCUCUCAGCUUCUCCCUGCCAUCUUCGCUUCCCCGACCCUCAUUCCAUGUCCUGCGCCAUGUCCCUCAACCGCAGACAUCUCACCAACCAUCCUCUCGCCCGCUGAGCCUGCCGACACCCGCAUCAUUGUGCGCAUAUGCGUGUUCUUGAACGACUAUGUCUGGGAGCCCGUCCUUACCACCAGGCGAUUCAUCUAUCUGGUCUGGCUCUUCUUUCCGGUGCUUUUCACUGCACCCAUGCUGCUCGUUGGUAGGCCCGAGGACAGGCUGCAUGGGGACAAGUGGGGCGCCGUCUGGUGGUACGGCUAUUUGACGAGCCAGAUGCAAAAAGCGGGGCCUACGUUUAUCAAGGUGUGUGUGUCCUUUACCGCUUCAGGCGCUUAA